AUGGUCGCUGGUACUGUGGGUCAUGAAAUCUUGUCUCCAGUCUCACCAUCGAGACUCUGGAAGGCAAUGGUGAAGGAUUCCCACAACCUCAUGCCCAAGCUCAUGCCUGCAAUCAUAUCAAGCAUUGUCGUUCUCGAAGGUGAUGGUGGGGUCGGCACAAUCAGACAGUCCAACUUCACUGAUGCCAUCAAGGACUUCAGCUACUGGAAGGACCGCAUAGAUGAGAUCGAUGACAAUAACCGUUUGUUCAAGUACUCAGUGAUUGAAGGUGGCCUACUUGGGAAGAAAGUGAAAUCAACUACAUUUACACUGGAGUUCAAAGAUGGCAUCAAUGGUGGAAGUGUAUGCAAGUUUCACGGAGAGUUUGAGACUGUAGAAGGUAACCUGCCAAAAGAAGAUGAAACAAAGGAGAUGAUGGGAAACAUGGAGGGAAUGUUCAAGGCAGUAGAAGGAUAUCUCCUUGAAAAUCCAAAUGCAUACAUUUAGCUUUGGUUGAUUGUAUGUCUUUCACCUUUCAUUUUGCUUGAUUGUUGAAUAAGUUCCGUUUCCUUGAACUGUAUUUUCAUGGGAAUAGGAAUAAUCUCUUGAGUUUGUUUAAAGUAGUAGUUAAUGUCUAGCUAAUAAUCUUUGAUCCUCUAUAUUGUGAUUUUAGUGGUACAUCCACGUAAAGUGAAAAGAGUCUUAAAAAGAGAUUGUCACUUUGUUGUUUUCUUUAUCAGUGAUUUGAGGCCGGAUCUACUACAACUCACCAUGAUGUGUGCAUCAAAUUCAAUCCAUCUAUCAUAACCCUCAUUUCUACUUGGGUCCCAAAAUCUGGAUCGAUUCAAAAUUCAGGUGGGCACACAAUAGAAUAAUUGGGAUGGGAAUGCCCAUUAUUAAAAACCUUUCAGAUUUUCUGUGGGACCCAUCAUGUUUUGUAUAUACACCGUCCAUUCCAUUUUGAAGAUGUGCCGCACCAGG